UGCCCUGUUGUCUGUACACCUAGGGAGUCCUGUGUCCCAGCGAGCUCACUGCUGCCAUCGCUGUGGCCAAGGUUGAAGGGCAGUAGCGGUGACCAUCCUCCCCGCAAGGCGCAGACACGGCCAUCGCUCCCCCAGAGUGGACCAUGCACUGCAGCUGUUUGGCCGAGGGCGUCCCAGCCAUCGCUGGCAACUCCUGGAUCUCAGGCUUGGCUUUCCCUGACUGGGCCUACAAAGCUGAGUCAUCCCCGGGCUCCCGGCAGAUCCAGCUGUGGCACUUCAUCCUGGAGCUGCUGCAGAAGGAAGAGUUCCGCCAUGUCAUCGCCUGGCAGCAGGGAGAGUAUGGGGAAUUUGUUAUCAAGGAUCCAGACGAGGUGGCCCGCCUCUGGGGCCGCAGAAAAUGCAAGCCACAGAUGAAUUAUGACAAGCUGAGCCGGGCCCUCAGGUAUUACUACAAUAAGAGGAUCCUGCACAAGACCAAAGGCAAAAGGUUCACUUACAAGUUCAACUUCAGCAAGCUCAUCGUAGUCAACUAUCCUCUGUGGGAGGUGUGGGCUCCGCCAUCCCCCCACUUGCUGCUGGGGACCCCUGCCCUGUUUCGGCCAGCCCUGGUGCCCAUGGGCGUGCAGAGUGAGCUCUUGCACAGCAUGCUCUUCACCCAUCGGGCCAUGGUGGAGCAGCUGGCUGGACAGCGGACCCCUGGAGGGCUACCAGAGGCGUCUGGGGACAAGAAGGGGAGCAGCAGCCUUGUCCACCAAGGCGGUGCCAGGCCCUCACUCCACCUUCAUUCAGAGCAUUGGUGUCAAGAAAAGAAGCUGCUUCGGAGCAGAAGAGUGGUCAGGACUAUCGAACCAGAGGCUGCGAGCUGCAGGGCUGGUGCUGAGAAGGGGUGGGAGAGAGGCCUUGGCCCUGCCCCAGCCCCCUGCCGGCUGAGCCCUUGCUGCCAUUUGGGGAGCCUCCGAGACGAGCUGCCCAGUUACGCCUCCUUCCCCCCUCCCGCCCCAUCCCUUCUCCCCUCCGACUGGCCACGCCUCCCAGGGCCCUUCCUGCCCCGUCUCCCCGCAGAGCAGCAGUUCCCAGGGUCCUCCAAGCCAGAACCUCUGCUCCCAGGACCCGCGUGCCCCUCAGCGGCCCGCCACUUUCCGGGGAUUCCCCUGUUGACCGAGCUGGGACAGGAGGCUGGUGAGGGGCUCCGGCUCUUGUCCCUGAGGCCGGAGGUAAAGUCCGAUCCCACGAUGGGGUCAAAGGGGCACCUGGAUCCCAGGGAGGGCUUCUCCUCGGAGAUGCACGGACCCAAAACUGGGGAGGAAAGCCCUGUGUCCCCCAAUCUGGAGAACUUCAAAGCAGUGUGGCCCUUGGAUCCUCCUUAACUGGGGAGGAAGAUGUCAGGUGGGGGGCUCCCCCCAAACUCUCUCCCUCCUCUUGUCUACCUCCUUUCUGGCUUUGCACCUUCCCUGGCUGGAGACAGGUUUAAACUGCAGGAGGAUCUGAAGGGCUGGUGUUGGACCCAAGGGGAUUGGAGGCCAUUGCAGGGAAGGAGCAUAAAUGGGGAUGAGUAAAACUGAGAUGGAUGCCCCGUCCCCUCCCACCAAAUUGCUAAUCAGAUUAAGGAGACAAUCUUAAUCUAGACUUUUUUUGAGAGAAUAAGGUUUCCAUCAUGUGAAGGCCCGCAGACCGGCCUACUGAGGGGUGUUAAGAGUCUAGGAGGGGGCAGGUCAGGAGUUGUUUGUUCCUGAGUCUCAGGGCAAGUCCUUUCUUCUCUGGGGCCCAUGUCCCUUAUCCAAGUUAAGCUCUCAGUCCCUCUGCUGCCCCUCCAUGCUCUUCUCUCCCAUCCUGAUUUCUGUGACCCUGGGAGCUCCAUCCCGAGCAGGCGCUCCCUUCUGCCUCCAUUUCCCCCAGACGCAAGCAGGUGGGGGAGGAAGGGCGUGGCCUCCUCAGCUCUGGAGUACUCCACUGCAGACCAGGAAUAAAAUGCCCUUGGCAAACUGCCCUCUUGACUGACCACCCCCUGCGGCAUUCCUGCUGCCCUCUGAUGUGGUGUGAAGCUAGACAACCACCCAAGAUUCCCGACGGGGAAGGGGCAAGGGGGGCUUGGGAGGAGGGCCUGAGGCCUGGACAGAAGAGGAAAUCAAGCCGCCAGCAUCCUCCCUCCUGCUGCCAUCGUCUCCCAGAGAGAAAGGCUGAAAGAAGCUGUGGCCCAUGAAGCCACCUGGGCCAUUGGGAAUCCAGCUUCAAGGAAAGAACUUAGGAACAGAGCAGGGGUCUUUACAGAUGGCCCUCAGACCCCUGCCAUGGACUGCUGAGCAGAGCUCUAAGGGGCUGGGGUGAAAGAAGGCCUUGACAGAGAUCCCUCCUCCUCUGAAGCAUCGUGGCUGGGGGUGGGAGGAUGAGAGACAGACAGAGAGAGAGACCAAGGAAAUGCUAACAGAGAAGAAUGUUCCAGGAGCCAAGGCGAUUGAACCAUGUUGCUCUCCUAUCUCUUGGCGGUCAAUUACAGGCUUAGGAUUUGUCUCCACCUCCUUUCUAUGAGGGGGAGCAGGAACUAAGGAGGCACAGAGGGUCCCUUUGUCCCUGUCCCUCAUCCAAGGAGUAGGUGUGCGUCCAUCUCCCGGGGCUUCCCCUGCAUUUUGCUUUCUGCUGCCCCUCAGUCAUCUUUGUGGCUGAUGCAUCAUUCCCACAAAUGGAAUAGGGAAGGAGAAACCCAGAGCAGGGCAGGGUUAGACCCUCACCCACAGAAAGGGUGAGAUGAGCAAGGAGCCCAGCCCCUGGA